CUCUCUUCCACGAAUCGAGGAAAAGUGUGAACAGGGUGUUGAUAAAGGUGACCGUAUUUCGUAUAUCCGGCUGGUAGAAUGGCAACGGACGACCCUCUCCGCAAUGAACCUUUAGUUUCCGUUGAGUUCGAGGUCUUUGGCAAAGUGCAGGGUGUAUACUUUCCGAAGUACGUGAAAGACAUAUGCCUGCAAUUGGGAAUAUGCGGCUGGGUGAAGAACACGAAAUCCGGCACGAUACUAGGAAAAAUGCAGGGGCCACGUGCGCUCAUCGAUCAGAUGGCAGAGUGGCUAACGAAAGUUGGAAGUCCAGGUAGUGAGAUUCAUCACUGUGAACUUACGAAUUGGGAAGGGAUUAGUAGGUUACAAUAUAAAGGAUUUGCUAUACGUUUCUAAUUAAAUGACAUCUUAGGAACGUCGUGUUUCUUCGGAAGAGGGAUUGAUAAAAU